AUGGCCCUUGCAGCUCAGGAAAAGCCGGCCCUUCAGCAGGACUAUGGACUGUCCGAUGAGGAAGACCUGUCGGAAGAGCAGAUCCAGGAGCUCUUGAAACAAGCCGAGGCCAGACUGCGAGAACGGGCUGUUUCGAAAUCCCGGCCGCAAAAUGCCACUACAUCGUUGCCCAAGCUGAGUACCGGCACUCUCGAGGCGCCCUACGUCAAAGUCGAGAAGAACAUCGCCCGAGUAGAUGGCUCCCGCCUUUUGGAUCCCAAUUUACGCGCUUUAUCGAACCAGGUCCGAAAGGUGGAAGAACCAGUGAGACAGAAGCAGAAGCAGGCAGAGGAGAAAAAGGCGACCGCGGGCCCAGACUGGUUUGGUCUGCCUCGUCUUGACCCGACACCGGAAUUGAAGCAAGACAUCAAGUUGAUCCAAAUGCGCUCGGUUCUGGAUCCCCACAGACAUUACCGCAAAGAAGGCAAAGCACAAAUGCCCGAGUAUGCACAAGUCGGAACGCUCAUUGAGGGACCUACGGAGUUUUACAGUGCGAGAAUCCAGAAGAAAGACCGGAAGAAGACCUUUGUUGAGGAAGUGUUGGCCGCGGAAUCCGAGAAUGGCCGUUUCAAGAGGAAGUACGAUGAGGUGCAAACGGCGAAGACUAGCGGGAAGAAGGCCUACUACAAGGCGCUCAAAGCCAAGAGGUCGAAGAAGGGCUGA